AUGCCCCACUGGAGAGAGGAGUAUCUGGCUGCGCUGGCAGUCCGGGAUCAAAGGGAAAAGGCUAACGUUGAACUCUACGAUGCCUUUACCCGCCUCGCAGAUCGCUCUGCCCAGCUGGCAAUUCCUAUAGAUUCGGGCACCAAUCCCGCAGCUGGCAGGAGGUCCUCGGUCGUUAGUGAAUCUCAACAACCUGUUUCAUCCGCAGCUGGGACGGUGCCGAAGAGACAGCCUUCAUCGGAGCCGGGUCCUUCUCUGGCAGAGCUACUGAAGAUCACUCGAGCAGAUUUGUCCGAGGCCCAACGGUCCCGAACUGAAUUGCAAGACCAGUUGAACCGGCUGAACGUAGAGCUUGACAAGCUGCUUAAGAAAAGCCAGCGAGAUGGCCGGCGACUCGAUACCUUGGAAAGCGAGAGGGGCAUUCUGGGCAAACGUCUGAAAGAUAGAGACGAGGAGCUGCGAGAGAAAACGAAGCUAUUGGAAGAUUUCCAAGCUGAGUUGGCAUCCCUCAAUCUCGAGUUCAAUAUGGCUGAGAAGAGGUCAAAAGAGCUUCAGCAAGAGAACAAAGAACUUGUUGACCGGUGGAUGGCCAGGAUGGGCCAAGAAGCCGACGCCAUGAACGAUGCAUCCAAAUUCUCCUAA